GUGCGCGCGACUGCAGAAAGAGUUAGACCGAACAGCGCGCUCCCGUAGCUGCGCGUCGCUUAUUUGGAUAGUUUAGUAACCAGAAAUCCCCCCAUGGGAAUAAAUCCAUGUUCUUACACACGUAUGGACGACGGAGAGUGAAGCAUUUGGCAAACAUGGAGGCGACUUUGAAGUACAGGUUUUUUCACGACUAGUUGGAAUCUUAAAGUGGGUUCCGGUAGCGAUAUUUUUUUCUGUCAGGAAGUUUGACGUAUUCGGCUGAAGAUAUUUGUUACUUUGUUUUGGUUCGGGGGAAAGUUGUGGACUGUCGUUGACUAACAGAAGCAGCGCGACGACUCUGUGACUCUGAGAAAAGACUAGGUUAAAGUUAGUUUGGAGCUCACGCGAACACUUAAGGAACCGUAAUAUAAGAGUCCGAAGCUGCAAAGUUUAAACAUCGAUGGAGUUUAUCCAACUUCGCUUCGCUUGACAUAAUACAUCGAGGUUAUAUGUAUAAUACAUGUAUUUUUUUCUGCCAGUGUCAUUUCAGUCACUUUUGGCUAAAUGGCUGAACUCCAUCAUGUCGCGCGCUAAAUUCUACUUUUUUUAUAGGCCCAUAUGCAUUCUUAUCUGUUUAUAAAUCCUAUUAAAUCUGCAAUGCGAUGCAGUUUAUUCAAAAGUAAAGAUAUCUGCAGCCUAGACUGUUUUGGACUCUAACCUGGCAACACAGAGAAGGAAAAUCUGCAAACCUAGCAGGAAGAUAGACUAUCAAAAUCACGGAAAUCGUUCGGUCUUUUCCUCUGGCGAAGCCGUUACUUACAGAUGGAUUUCAUACAGGCCACACGGUUACUGUUACACCUUGUUUGCUAGUCUUUAGUUCGUAUUUUAUGUGAUAAAUAUCCUUGUCCUGCAAGUCCGAAAGCGUUGGUAACGUGUGUGGCAAAUGUGAAAAUGUUUUGGAAAUUUAAGUUUUCCAAAGAUCCGAGGCUGCAGGGGAGCAGAGGUUUGCCUUUGGGCCACAGCUGGAGUUGCCUAAUGUAGGCUUUUUUUCAGUGGAACAAUUUCUCUGUAAAACGCACAGCUGUCUGAUGUGUUUGUUUUACAACCUGGAAAUUAUCCGUUUUUGUGAGUGCUUUAAUUUCCCGUUGAAGAAGAGUUACCUGGGGGGUCAGCCCCACCAUGGCGCCCCCGCUCUCACACACGCUCUCCGGUGUGUCGGUCUGAGAGCCCCGAUGGACGUGAGCAACGGCUGGACCUUCUGCGUCAUCCCUGCCGCGAGACAUUGGUGACCUGAGUCAGCUGCACGCGGGACAAGCGGUCUUGUCGUGACGAAGGUCAUCAAGGCAACAGGCUGUGGGUCAAUUGGCUCACCACAGACAGGUCUCUGAAGACUGGUUUGUAGACCACGUACGCAAACAUCACAGCAAUGAAUGAGAGGCAGGCUCUCCACUCUAUAAUGAAGGACCUGGUUGCCCUUCAGAUGACGCGGCGCCAGCCUGUGUUAUCGCAUGACAGCGGCAAACCCAAGACACCGGCCCAGACCAAUAGACAGGACGAUGUCAGGAUAAAGUUUGAGUUCUCAGGAGAGAGGAGAAUCCUGAUGUUUGGACGGCCUGUGCAGUUUGAGGAAAUCCAGCAGAAAGUCAAGACUGUGUUUGGCCAGCUGCUAGACCUGCAUUAUAUGAACAAUGAGUUCCUCAUUAUAUGCUUCUUUAAACCUCAUGUUCUGUUCUCCUCGUUCCAACUGCAGGCCUCCUCCCCCUCUAUCCACAUGCCGUCUAAGCAGGUGAGGAUCAAAUCCUCCCAUUCUACCGGAGACGUUAGCACGGUGUACCAAUCCUCCGAGCCCAGGGGGCGCCACUUAUCAACUGGUUCUCAGAACACGGGGCGUAGCUCGCCACCUCCUGGCUACGUGCCUGAACGCCAGCAAAGGAUCGCCCGCCAAGGUUCAUACACCAGCAUAAACAGUGAGGGGGAGUUCAUCCCAGAGACCAGCGAUCAGUGUGUGCUGGAUCCCUGGAGCAGCGCAGAAAACUCUGUCUCUGGAAGCUGUCAGUCUCUAGACAGCAACUCAGACAGCCCCUCACUGAGGAAGUCUCGCAUGCACAGAGCCAAGAGUUACCCUGAUAACCGCCAGGAGUGCUCAGACCGGGAGAAUCAUGUGUAUGACAGAAUAGCAGGUAAAGGAGGCACCUAUCCUCGUAGGUACCAUGUCUCCCUGCAUCAUAAGGACCACAGUGAAGGUCGUCGGACGUUUCCGCGGAUCCGUCGCCCCCAGGGGAACCUGUUCACUCUGGUGCCCUCACGCCGGUCGCUCAAUGGCAGCGAGGAGAGUGUGGGCAGCUGGCAGCUGGUCGACGCUCAGGGCAGGCUCCGUCCCCAAGAUCGUUCUGUCGCGCAUAAGUCUCCCAGUGCUCCAAUGACAUGGCGGCGGGGGAAGCUUCUGGGCCAAGGAGCGUUUGGUCGGGUUUACUUGUGUUACGAUGUGGAUACUGGGAGGGAGCUGGCUGCCAAGCAGGUCCAGUUUGAUCCUGAGAGUCCUGAGACCAGCAAGGAAGUCAGCGCUUUGGAGUGCGAAAUCCAGUUGCUGAAAAAUCUGCAUCACGAGCGCAUUGUCCAGUACUACGGCUGUCUGAGGGACCACAAUGAGAAGACCCUCACUAUUUUCAUGGAGUACAUGCCGGGGGGUUCAGUUAAAGACCAGCUGAAGGCCUACGGGGCGCUGACAGAGAAUGUGACCCGGAAAUACACAAGACAGAUCUUGGAGGGCAUGUCCUAUCUGCACAGCAACAUGAUUGUACACCGGGACAUCAAAGGUGCCAACAUCCUGCGGGAUUCAGCAGGCAACGUGAAGCUCGGCGAUUUUGGUGCCAGCAAGAGACUGCAGACCAUCUGCAUGUCUGGCACCGGCAUCCGCUCUGUGACCGGCACCCCCUACUGGAUGAGCCCGGAGGUGAUCAGUGGAGAGGGCUAUGGCAGGAAGGCUGAUGUCUGGAGCCUUGGAUGUACAGUGGUGGAGAUGCUAACAGAAAAGCCUCCGUGGGCUGAAUACGAGGCCAUGGCGGCCAUAUUCAAGAUUGCCACUCAGCCCACCAACCCACUGCUGCCCUCGCACACCUCCGACCAGGCACAGGACUUCAUUAGCUGCAUCUUUGUGGAGGCCAAGCACAGGCCCAGUGCUGAGGAGUUGCUCAGACAUCCCUUCUCCCAGAUUAUGUGUUAAAACCUGCCGGGUUUUCUGAACUUUAACCACAGAGAAGUAGCUUCUUUUAAACUUAUUCGUGGCAGAAAAAGGGACAUGGAACUGGUCUAGAAGUCAGUGUUAAACCCACUGAACCUCUGCCACCAUUCAGAUACUCCUCUCACACAAA